AUGCCAAACCCAACCAUCAGCGCUGAAGCCACGCGCUUGGCAGCUACAACGUCGUCCGAGGCCAAAGAGUCUCUAGUCAACAUUCCCGCUGUCAAUGUCACUAGCACCGGCGAAGAAAAACAAAUCGAUCUCUCCACCACCGACAACGUCAAACUCUCCGACUCGCAGUUCACCAUCCGCGAAGGCGGGUACGGCUGGGUCAACGUAGUCUGUAGUAUCUUCCUCAACGCCGUAACGUGGGGCGUGAACACCACCUUUGGCGUUUAUUUCUCCUAUUACCUCCAACAUGACUACUUCACUGGCGCCACCCCUAUACGAUAUGCGUAUGUUGGCGGACUCUCGGUAGCAUCGUGCAUGCUGGUCGCCCCCUUCGUCAACCUUCUCUGGCGUUCGACGGGCUGGUUCAAAACCCCGCUCAUCCUCGGUGCAAUCUUGGUCAGUAUGGGCCAGAUCGGCGCUGGGUUGUGCAAGACCUAUGUACAGCUCUUAUUCACGCAAGGAUUCGUUUUCGGCGUCGGGUUGGGAUUGACAAUGAUUCCAACACAGCCAUUGUUGAGCCAGUGGUUUCGACGCAAGCUCAGCUAUGCGCAGGGUCUGUCUGCUGCUGGAAGCGGGCUGGGCGGCUUGGUUUUGGCCAAUACUACACGAUACUUGAUUCAGGAGAAAUCGCUGCAGUACGCGCUUAUCUGUAACGGCAUCGUCUCGUUUGUCGUGCUCGUACCUUGCAUCAUGCUGAUGAAAUCUACAGAACCACAAACGAUGCGUUUCCUUCCUUCGCGCUUUCGCCGCAGUAACAAACUCGAGGCCGGUCUACAAGUCACAACAGCAGCGAAGAUAAAAAAGAAUCCACUCGAACUCAAAUGGAUCUUGCAUCCGGGCUACGCUUUCAUCCUGCUGUUUGGCGUGUUCAGCAUGAUCGGUUACUUUGUCGCCAUCUAUACGCUCGCUGCUUACGCUACGUCCGGCUUGGGCCUGACGCAGAAACAGGCUUCGACGCUGCAGUCGAUCUUGGCAGCGGGACAGAUGAUUGGACGUCCAGUGUGCGGUUUGCUGCUCGACUUAAUCGGUCGCCACCCUUGCACGAUCAUGAUCCAGACGCUUGCUGGGCUGACGUGCUUCGCCUUUUGGCUUCCCGCACGCUCCUUCGGUCUGCUUGUCGUAUUUUCGAUUACUCAGGGCUUGCUGGGUGGAACGGUGUGGUCCAGUGUAGCACCAUUGUCGGCGGAAGUGGUGGGCAUCAGAGACUUACCCUCGGCCUUGGCGGUGUUCUGGCUGGUCACAGGCGUCAUUCCAGGUCAAUUUGGUCAGCCGAUGGCUGUGGCGCUGAUUAACUACAGUCGGGACCAUUUACACAGAAGCGGUGCAAAUGCGUAUCUCAUCUCGAUCGGUUUCUGCGGUGCGUGCUUCGUCAUGAGCGGUAUAUCGCUUUGCUUCAGUUCGAGAUUCGUCAGGUCGAGAAACAAAGCUCAACAAUUGGAGAGCGUCGAGCAGACUGUCGAUAAAGCUUUACCAUCAACAGCGACAGUCCAGGCAUCCGAAAAAAUGUAA